CUCUGCCUUGGAACUUGACUCUUCUCUAGGAAGAGCACUAAGCUGACCAGGAAUAUGGCCCCAGGGCUUCUGACAACCAGGGAUCAGCCAUGUGUACAAUCAUAUGAUGAGUCUUGCAAAUCCUAGUGAACAUCAAACCUGGGGGUGGUCUUGGGGACCCCUGACACCAACAGGAAGAAAGGAAACAGGAAAAAUAUGGGCAUUAAUGGCCUUCAGGGAUGUGGCUGUGGCCUUCACCCAGAAGGAGUGGAAGUUACUGAGUCCUGCUCAGAGGACCCUGUACCGGGAUGUAAUGCUGGAGAACUACAGUCACUUGGUAUCACUGGGAAUUGCCUUUUCCAAACCCAAACUCAUCACACAGCUGGAACAAGGGGAUGAGCCCUGGAGAGAGGAGAGCGAAUGUCUUCUGGACCUUUGUCCAGCAGAACCAGGGACAGAAUGCCAGCCAUAUGGCCAUUCCUGCCCGCUGGCCUUUUCCAGCACACAGUUCCUCAAACAGUAUGUGCUGUGCGGUCACCUUCCUCCGAUCGUCCCCAGCUCAUACGCAGGAAGCCCCAUCCCAACGGAAGCUCCAGCCUGCUCAAGUGAACAAGCAGACGAUGGAGACACAGAAGGGAGACUUCACCUGAGUGGGGCUUCCAGGGUGCUCUUCAGACCCUCUCAGGGCCAGCCAGCUGACUGGGUGGAAGGCAACAGAGCGAGGCAUCCUGAGGAGGCAGGCCUCUCGGCAUCUGAAGCAGCCACGUGUGGAGAAUACAGACUGGGGUUCGAUGCCAGCCCUAACUUCUUGAGCCUCCAAAAGCACCAUGUAUGCCCUGACUGUGGCAGAAGCUUCUGUCAGAAGUCAGACCUCACCAAGCACCAGAGGACACACUCAGGGGAGAAGCCUUACAGCUGCAGGGAGUGUGGGCGAGGUUUCGGCCGCAAGUCCUCCCUCACCAUCCACCAGCGGAAACACUCAGGGGAGAAGCCUUACGUGUGCCGGGAGUGUGGGCGCCACUUCAGGUACACGUCCUCACUCACCAACCACAAAAGGAUACACUCCGGGGAGAGGCCCUUCGAAUGUCAGGAAUGCGGGCGAGGCUUUCGCCAAAAGAUCGCCCUCAUCCUGCAUCAGCGGACACACUUGGAGGAGAAGCCCUUUGUGUGUCCUGAAUGUGGCAGAGGCUUCUGCCAGAAGGCGUCGCUCCUCCAACACCGCAGCUCGCAUUCGAGCGAAAGGCCCUUCUUGUGCCUUGAGUGUGGGCGUGGCUUCAGGCAGCAGGCGCUGCUCCUCAGUCACCAAGUCAUACACUCAGGGGAGAAGCCUUAUGUCUGUGCUGAGUGUGGCCACAGCUUUCGCCAGAAGGUCACCCUUGUCAGACACCAGAGGACGCACACGGGGGAGAAGCCCUACCUGUGUCCGGAGUGUGGGCGUGGCUUUAGCCAGAAGGUCUCCCUCUUGGGACACCAGAGGACGCACACAGGGGAGAGGCCCUACCUUUGCCCAGAGUGUGGCCGUGGCUUUGGUCAGAAGGUCACCCUCAUCAGACACCAGAGGACACACACAGGGGAGAAACCUUACCUGUGCCCAGAGUGUGGACGCACCUUUGGCUUCAAGUCACUCCUCACGAGACACCAGAGGACGCACUUAGAGGAGGCAGCUGAUGUGUACGGAGUAUGUGAGCAAGGACUUGGCCAGAAGGCCCACUUCACCUCUGACCCGAGGUCACACUCGGGGAAGCCAUGUGUGUGUAGUGAGUGUGGACGAGGCUUUGGCUUCAGGUCGGCCCUCAUCAGACACCAGCGCACUCACUCGGGAGAGAAGCCUUAUGUGUGCAGGGAGUGCGGCCGAGGCUUUAGCCAGAAGUCUCACCUUCACAGACACAGGAGGACCAAGUCUGGCCAUCGCCUCCCACCUCCAGGGCUGCUCUCCUGACCUUCCCUUUCCUUAGGAGUGGGAGAAAGCACCAGGAAAUGUUCCUCAAAUGCAGAGGAGGAAAAAAUGUGUUCUUUCAGUGAUUGGAAGAUACCUGAUUUAUGGUUUAUUUUCCAUGCUAGCCAUGUUUUAAUUUGCUAGGGCUGCCAUAACAAAACACCACAAACUUGUUGGCUAAAGAACGAUUUUCUCACAGUUCUUGGGACUGAUGUCCAAGAUCAGUGGAUGCACUUUGGUUUCCACUGAAGCCUCGCUCCUCAGCUGGCAGAUGCCUGCAUCCUUACGGGGUCCUCUCCUGACCUUUGUAUGUGCGCUGCUUGUACGAACCACAGCCUUACUGGGUUAGGGCCCCACUCUGUCACCAAAUAAGGUCACACUUAGGGUUCUGGCUUCAACAUAUGAAUUUGGAACAUUUCGGCCCAUAAGUCAGCCUCCUGAACCCCCAAAACUCAUGUUCUUAACAGCUCCCAAAGUGUUGACCAAUUCCAGUAAUGAGUCUGUCCAAAAUCUCAUGUAAAUCAGAUGUGGGUGAGGCAAGGGGUACGUUUCAUCCUGAGGCAGUGUUCCUCUCCAGCCGUGAACCAGACAAGUUACCACAGAUGUAGAACUGCGUUUCCUUAACACAAGGGGAAGCAAGAUUGAUGGGCCCUCAGCAGGUCUGUGGCGGAGCAGGCAACCUCUACUAGGCUUUAAGGCUUGAGAAUAACGGCUGGUGGGGUAUUUCGCCCCCUAGUCCCGCUGGGGUGGCGGCAGCAGGGCGCAGAGCCCUGAGACCAGGGAGGCAUUCACCCUCCGGGCCCACCAAGGGAUUGGCAGACCAGCUGCUUUCUUUCACCACUGGGGUCACCGUUUGCUCUUCCUGGCAGGUAGCACCACAGAAGUCUGGCAGCUGGCCUUUGCUCUGUCCUGUCUGUACCAUUCUUGGUUCAACUGAGCAUCAAGUGGCUGUCCACUGGUGUUCUCUCCAGAGUAGGUGCUCUCAUUUUCACAAUAUGGAUAGGCUACGAAUUCUCUAAAUCUUCAAGUUUGCUAAACAGUUCCUUCACGUUACCUCCCUCCUCACAUAUUUCUCUGAGGGGCAAUGAGAAACAGGUACACCUUCCAACACCUUGCUUAGAAAUGUCCUCAGCCUCCACUGAACACCGGAACACAACCCAGUGACAUUCUUUGGUGCUUUAUAAUCAGGAUUCUCUUUAGUUUCUGGUAAUGUUCCCCAUUUCUGUCAGAGGCUGCAGCGGAAUCCCUUCUACUUCCUCUGUUCCUACCAUAGUCUUCUUGAAGCAACCCUGGCUUUCUCCAGCAAGCACAUCAAAAAACUUCCUCUACCCAUGACCCAGUUCCAAAACCACCUCCGUAGUUUUUCAUAUUUCUAACCGCUCACCACUCAGUACCAAAACUGUAUUCUUUUGCCUGGGCUGCCGUAACAAAACCAGAGACUGGAAUUCUAAGACCACUUCGACCUACCGAACCUUGCCCACUGGCCGGCAGGUGGUGCCUUCUCAUGUGGCUGUUCCUUGCAUGUGUGCCAGAGAGCACGCGAGCUCUGGUGUCCCUUACUCCACCCCUACAACAUCAUUUAACUUUCGGUACUUCCUUAGGUCCUGUACUCAAAUACUGUCACAUUAGGAAAGGGCUUCAUCAUGGACUUUUGGGGAAAAAUUCCAUUCAUAACACCUGCCCUCUGGACACCCCCCAAAUUCCUGCCUGGCCCUCGACCCCUACCAUAAAUCUGAUCUUUCCUUUUCCCAGGAGUGUGAAGCUAGCAGGAAGCACUGGGCAGCGCUGCACUUUCCUGAAGUGGAAUGCAAGCAGCAUGCUGCUUCUCUCAGGGGCCAGGGUUGUGUGUGUGUUUGGGGGGGGUGGGGAGUAGUGGGGGAGCUGGACAUACCUGCUUUCUAAGCCCUCCUCCACACCCAGGUCUGUUUAAUAAACUGCUUCCUUAUAAAGCUAAACCCCGAUCAUACACCUCAUUCAGCUCUCAGGAAUCCCAUGGUCCUGAACCUCAGGAGACAUGGAAGGUCACAUGUUUGUUUUGGACUCUGACCCUGUGUGUGGGGAGGGCCUUCAUCACCCUUUCUUAGGUCCUCCAACAGUGCCACCGAGGGCCUCUUCCUGCACCCCUACAUCCUGUUAGCCACACCCUUGUACCAGUGAUCCAGCUUGAGGACUUGAGACCUUUCUUCCAUGAUCCUGCCUAGUCCUCCAGUCAGGGACUAAGCACUAGAGCACCUGUCUUUAUAUCCAGCCCAAGGUUCUGUCCCUUUAGCCUGCCUCUUGCUCUUGAAUCCCCAGAGCCUGACUAGUGCCCAGCCCAGGACCGGCCUUGUCCCUUUGCUUUGGGCACAGAAUGGUCCCCACAAAGUCCUUUUUCCCAGGCCCAGAGGCAAUAAAAGAUAAAUACACAAAAAAAUAAAAACCCCAAAAUUUUACAUGUCAAAAAGUAAGUAGUACCAAAAGACAAAUGUCUGGAAGGAAAAUCUAUCAACAUAUUUCAUAAAGGAUUAAUACCUCCUUUUUCUAAGAACUCCCAAAAAUCAAAAGACCAGAAAUGCCACAGAAAGUGGGCAAAAGACAUGAUCACUAUUAAGUAUACAAAUAAGCACAGUCUGCUGCUUACAGCAGAAUGCCAAAGGCCAACUGGUAACUACAUUUUUUUUCCUAGUAACAUCUUAUCAUUAUGGUGUUUUUCUCAAAGCUAAGAAAUUAGGACAGCACUGUUAGGAACUAUUCAGUUUUCCACUAUUGUCUUUUUUUGUGAUCUAGGAUCCCGUACUGCAUUUGUUCUCAUGUCUCUCUAGUCUCCUCCAAUCUGGGAUAGUUCCUCUGUCAGUCUUUGUUAUCCAUGAACUUGACUCUAGAGUUGGUCAGAUAUUUUAUAGAACACCAGUUUGGGACUGUCUGAUAUUUUCUCAUUAUUAUAUUUGCAUUAUAGACUUUCUAGAAUACCACAGAAGUGAAGAAUCCUUACUAUAUCAUAUCAAAGGGUAAUGAUACCAUCAAGGUUUAUUCCAAGUAAUGUAACCUUGAUCACUUGGUAAAAGUGGUGGCUGCCACGACUUUCUACUGUAGACUCCCCGUUUUUCUCCUUCCAUGCUCCAUUCAUUAGAAGUAAUCAGUCCAGUCCAUAUUCCAAGAGGAAGGGAAUUAAGCUCUAGCCCCCAGAGGAUGCACCUUAUGAUUUGUGCUUCUUGCAUCCACCACCCCACAGAACAAAGCUGCCCAGUGUGUUCUGGCUCCCAAACGAGCAAAAGACACCCCAGGUAGGUCCAUUCCUCACUGGAUGGAACAAAAGUCCUGCUGACAAGACCAGGUGAGCCCAGCAGCACCAGCAGGUGGAAAUGAUUCUUUUCUCACAGGUUGAGAACUCUGCCUCACCUAGACCCAAUACAGCCAGGGAGGGUCAGUCCUGUCACAGAAACACCUGUUCCAGGAAGUACUCUUUGGCUCCAGAGACCUGAGAUUCCCCAUCUAGAUGCAAGACACUUAGGAAGGUGGCACCAGCAAGGACACUCCUGCUAAACUGCCCAGCCCAAGAAGAGAUCCAUCUCCCUUACUGGUAGACAACAGGUUACCAAUAGGCACUGGACAUGGGGAUCCUGACACGUCAGCAGCUCAGCCUGUGAAGCUUUUGCUUCCCUUUUGGGCCAGAGCAUCCCUUCCCCAUUUGGAGACACUGGGCAUCCUGUUUUGGGGCAACUCUUUCCACACCUAACACCAGCAGGAGAAAGUGGAAGAAACAGUGAUACCAAAUAAGCUAAGUUUCCCUAAAUAGCAUUGCAAGAGCUCUGAAAGCUACACUAUCAUUGGAUCAAACAGAACCCACAGAAAUAGGCUCUGAUUUGGGAACAAACCUAAGAAUAGGGUGACUGCCUGCUGAAGUCAAAGGUUUAAAUAAGACCCAGAGUCUCUUAACAGCUAAAUGUGCAAAAUGCAAUAUAAAGUUACUCAUCAUAACAAGAACCAGGAUAUCACAACUUAUAAUUUAUGAGAAAAGACAAUCAACUGACACCAGCAUGGAGAUAAGUAUGAUAUUGGAACUGACAAGGAUUUUAUUUUUUUUAAAGAUUUUAUUUGACAGAGAUCGCAAGUAGGCAGAGAGGCAGGCAGAGAGCCUGAUGUGGGGCUUGAUCCCAGCACCCUGGGAUCAUGACCUGAGCUGAAGGCAGAGGCUUUAACCCCUGAGCCACCCAGGCGCCCUAGAACUGACAAGGAUUUUAAAGCAGCCAGUAUAAAAGUGCUUCAAACAAUCACAAAUUCUCUUGAAACAAAUGAAAAAAGUACAAGAUCUCAAGAACAAAAAACAAAAAACCCAGAAGUUACAUCAAAGUUCAACUGGAAAUUGUAGAACUAAAAAAAACCCGAGAAAUUUAAAAGCUUAUUGGAUGGGCUUAAUGGUGGAGUUGAUACGCCAGAGAAUGGAACUGGAGAACAGAGGGUAGAUUAAUAGAAUUUAGUAAAUCUGAACAAUGGAGAAAAAAGACUGAAAAAAAAAAAAAUCUUUGGGACAAGAACAAAAAAGCUACCUUUUAUGUCAAGUCCCAGAAAAUGAGAAAGGAAGUGGGACUGAGAAAACAUUUGAAUAUUUUGAAGAAAUGACCAGAAACAUACCGUAUUUGGCAAGAAACAGAAAUGUGCAUAUUCAAGAAGCCAAGUGAACACCAAAUUCAAAGAUGUCCACACUAAGACAUUAAUAAAAUUCUGAAAUCUAAAGACAAAAAAAAAUCUUGAAAGCAGCCCCAGAGAUAUGUCCCAUUACCCACAGGGGGGACACCAAUUCAAAUGGCAGCAGAUCUCUCAUGAAAUUAUGGAGGUCACAAGAAGGUGGCACAUUUUUCUUCCAAGUGCUGAAAGAAGACUAUUAACUGCAGACUGAGUAUCCGCCAAAACCAUCCUUCAAAAAUGAAGGCAGAAAAAAAAAAAAAAAAGGCAGAAUUAACAAACACAUUUCCAGAUGAUAGAGAACUGUAAGAAUUUGUUGCUAGCAGACCUGACUUUAAAAAAUGGCUAAAAGGAAGUUCUUCAAACAGAGAAAAUAAAAGAAUGGAGCAUCAGGAAGAAAGAAAAAAAACAUGAAAAGAGCAUAAAUAUGACACAUAAAACAGGCCAUCCUUCUACCCACAAGUUUUUAAAAUCAGAUGUGAAGAUUGAAGCAAAAGCCAUAGUAUCACCUGAUGCUCUAGACAAUGAUGUUUAAGAGUGGGAAAAGGGCCCUGAAUAAAAAUAACAUUUUCACACUUCACUCCAAGUAGUAAUAUACUGAUAGACUGUGAUACGGACUUAUGUGUAUUGCAAUACCCAGAGCAACCACUAAGAAAACUAUACAAAGAGAUACACUAAAAAACAAAGAAUUAAUCCAAAGAGAAUCUUAACAACCCACAGAAGAGAGAAACAGAAAAAUUAGACUUAGAGGAAACAAAUUUAAAUUCGGUAAUAAAAUGGCCAACUUAAGCCCUAACAGAUCAGCAAUUAAUUACCUUAAGACUGGUUCUAAUUACACCAAUCAGAAGACAAAGAUUGUGAGGGUGGCCUUUAAAAAAAACAGCAACUCCCCAACUAUACACUGUUCAUCAAAUUUGAUGACAUAGGUAGACUGAAAGUACAAAGUAUGGGAAAAUAUACACCAAGCAAUCAUUAAUUUGUAAAGAGUUAAGUUCCCACAUUAAUAUCAAAUACAACAGACUUCACAGCAAAGAAAUUACCAGAGACAAAGAGGGAUUAUUUCCUCCUGUAUUAUUAUAUAAUCACUGCACCAGGAUGAUAUAACAAUCCUAAAUGUGAAUGAACCAAAUAACAAUAUGCGUGAAGCAAAAACAUAGCGCUGAAAGAGACUUUGAGAAAAUUCAUUAUUACUGUUGAAGACCUCAACACUGCUCUCUCAGCAACUGAGAACUACAGAACAAAAAUCAGCAAGGAUGUCUAGUAGACCCGAACACCAUAAUCAAGCACCAGGAUCUGACAUAUGUAUCACUCCAUCCAAAAACAACAGAAUAUGUUUGUUUUUCAAAGCAGCAGUGAAAUACUCACCAAGACCAUAUCCUGGUCCAUAAAACAUACCUCAACAAAUUUAAAAGAAUUAGUAAAGAGUAUAUUCUUUAACUAUAAUUAAAUCAAACCAGACAUCAAAAACAGAGACAACAGGGACACUUAGACUCUGAAAUUUAACAGAGUACUAAACGAUGGGUCAAACAGGAAGUUGUUUCAAAGGAAAUAAUUAAAAAAUACAUUGCACUGAAUGAAAAUGAAAUAAAACAUAUCAGCCUGUGGGGUGCCACUAAUGCCAUGAAGAGGAAACUGAUAGCACUAAAUACAUCAUACAUACAAAAAUGUUUCAAAUCAGUAACUGAAAUUUAUACCUAAAAAACUUGAAAAGUAGAACCCAAAAGAAGCAAAUGGAUAGAAAUAAUAAAGAGUAAAGACCAAUGUAGUUCAUACAGAAAAAUAGUUAAAGGAAUAAAAUGCUGGUUCUCUAUGAAGUAAAAGAAACUUGACUAAUCUCUUGUAAGAAUGACACAAAUUAGAGCAAAAACACAGAUUAUCAAAAUCAGGAAUGAAAUGGGAUAUCACUAUAGAUCUUGUAGCCAUCAAAAUGGUAAUAAGGGAGUGCUAUGAACAAUUUUACUAUGGUCAUGAAUUCCAUAUCUCUGAAGAAGUGGACCAAUUCCUUAAAAACCACAUCCCCAAAUUCUAGAUCAAAUAGAUAAUCUGAGUGUUUACAUAACCACUAUAAAAAUGAAUUCAUAAUAUUCCUUUUAUACAUGGUUGGGUUCUGUUUGCUAAUUUUGAGGAUUUUUGCAUGCGUUUUCAUGAGAGAUACUGGUCAUUUUAUACUUUGACAUUUUCUUUGCUUUUGUUAUUAGGGAGUACUGGCCUCAUGAAAUAAGUUCGGAAAUGUUCCUUCCUCUUUUCUGGGAGAGACUGUAUAACAUUGGUAUUAAUAAUCCUUCUUCAAAUGUUUGGUAAAAUACUCCGGUGAAACCAUCUGGGCCUGGAGAUUUCUUUUCUAAGAAAUUUUAAGAUCUACUACUGCUCUUGUACUGAGUAACUUUUCAGACCAAUAAGUACUUCAGUAAUUGUGUAUAAACCCAAAACUCUACCAAAAAAGAGAAAAAAAGUAAUGCUUAGGCCUCAUAAGCACCACAUUUCCAAUAAAGUGCAGUCCUUCACUGUAUCUCCCAGGGCUAGAGCUGAAAGCCACAAGGGAAGUUUGUGUGGUGGUGUGUUUUAGGCAAUCAGAACAAAGAUAAAAUGGCCUUUCCUUCAACUGUGGUGCUGCUUCUGUUCCAUAUGGGAACAACAACAACAAAAACCUCCAAUCAUCUUAUUUUUUUUAAAUGGUAGAAAGAUGGGACACAAUUUUUUUUUCUAUUAAAUCCAAUAAUAUGGUUGGCCCAGCUGAGCACAGAAUGAAGGGUCUAUCUUUUCAGUCUGUGAAGGAAGAUUCUGGUUUCCUCAGCAAACCACUACUUACUCACUCUUGGGUCUCCUGGAAGGGAUAGGGUUUUGCAAUCAGCACCAUCCCCUCUCUGGUCUCCUGGCUCCAUUCCAGAAGGAAGCAGACUGAAGUGUGAUGAGAACUCAGAAUAAUCGGUCCAAGAAGAGAAGAGGCAGCACAAAUGGACAUGACUCAGGAAAGCAGCAGCCCUGUUUUCUGCGUACAUGCCUGAAAGCCAAGCAUGUAACUCAUUUAUUCUGUCCAUAGGACAGAUAUUUGUCAUCCUUGAAACUGGUAAUAAUAUCUACCUUUUGGUUUU